AUGAGUGAAGAUCGCUGGGUGUCCCUCACUCCAGAAGAAUUUGGCCAACUCCAGAAAUAUGCGGAAUAUUCUUCCAAGAAGAUUAAGUAUGUCUUGGCUGAAUUUAAUGACGGUGGGAGCCUCAAACAAUAUGGCCCACAUGAGCCAAUCAGCUAUGAUGUCUUCAAGCUGUUCAUGAAGGCAUACUUGGAGGUGGACCUUCCUCAGCCACUGAGCACACACCUCUUCCUGGCCUUCAGCCAGAAACCCCGGCAGGAGACCCCUGAGCACCCGAAGGAGGGAGCCAGCAACAGCGAGGCCAGUGGCCCAGAUUCCGACAUACAGAAUGCAGAUAAUGCUGCCAAAGCAGACGAGGCUUGUGCCCCUGAUAUGGAAACAAAGAUCACUGCUAACAACCAAGCAGCUGCGCCCCCUGUGGGAAACCUUGUUGCUCAGUCUUCAGGCUCAGAAGCCCCCAUAGUCUACCUGAAGGAUGUCGUGUGUUACCUGUCCCUACUGGAGUCGGGGAGACCUCAGGAUAAGCUAGAGUUCAUGUUUCGUCUCUAUGAUUCGGAUGAGAACGGUCUCCUGGACCAAGCGGAGAUGGAUCGUAUUGUCAGCCAGAUGCUGCACAUUGCCCAGUAUCUCGAGUGGGAUCCCACGGAGCUAAGGCCUAUACUGAAGGAGAUGCUGCAAGGGAUGGACUACGACCGGGACGGCUCUGUGUCUCUUGAGGAGUGGGUCCGCGGAGGGAUGACCACCAUCCCAUUGCUGGUCCUUCUGGGCGUGGAUGACUCUGGCUCCAAGGGGGAUGGGAAGCACGCCUGGACCCUGAAGCACUUCAAGAAACCAACCUACUGCAACUUCUGCCACAUCAUGCUCAUGGGUGUUCGGAAGCAAGGUCUCUGCUGCAUUUACUGUAAAUACACUGUCCACGAACGCUGUGUAUCCAAAAACAUUCCCGCGUGUAUCAAAACGAACUCCAAAACCAAAAGGGGCGGCGAGGUGAUGCAGCACGCAUGGGUGGAAGGGAACUCCUCCGUCAAGUGUGACCGGUGCCACAAAAGUAUCAAGUGCUACCAGAGUGUCACCGCGCGGCACUGCGUGUGGUGCCGGAUGACGUUUCACCGCAAGUGUGAAUUGUCAACACUGUGUGAUGGUGGAGAGCUCAGAGACCAUAUUUUGCUGCCCACGUCGAUAUGCCCCAUUACCCGGGACAGGCCAGAUGGGAAGUCUGAUGGUAGCGUGUCAGCCAAGGGUGAACUUGUCAUGCAGUAUAAGAUCAUCCCCACUCCGGGUACCCACCCCCUGCUGGUCUUGGUGAACCCCAAGAGUGGAGGGAGACAAGGAGAAAGAAUUCUUCGGAAAUUCCACUAUCUGCUCAACCCCAAACAAGUUUUCAACCUGGACAAUGGGGGGCCUACUCCAGGACUUAACUUUUUCCGCGAUACUCCAGACUUCCGUGUUUUGGCCUGUGGAGGUGAUGGGACAGUUGGCUGGAUUUUGGAUUGCAUUGAUAAGGCCAACUUUGCAAAGCAUCCACCUGUGGCUGUCCUGCCUCUUGGAACAGGAAAUGACCUGGCCCGCUGUCUCCGCUGGGGAGGAGGUUAUGAAGGGGGCAGCCUGACAAAAAUCCUGAAGGACAUCGAGCAGAGCCCGUUGGUGAUGCUGGACCGCUGGCAUCUGGAAGUCAUCCCCAGAGAGGAGGUGGAGAAUGGAGACCAGGUCCCAUACAACAUCAUGAACAACUAUUUCUCCAUCGGCGUGGAUGCUUCCAUUGCACACAGGUUCCACGUGAUGAGAGAGAAACACCCUGAAAAAUUCAACAGCAGGAUGAAGAACAAGCUGUGGUACUUUGAAUUUGGCACCUCGGAGACCUUCGCAGCCACCUGCAAGAAACUCCACGACCACAUAGAGUUGGAGUGUGACGGGGUUGGGGUGGACCUGAGCAGCAUCUUCCUUGAAGGCAUUGCUAUUCUCAACAUUCCCAGCAUGUAUGGUGGCACCAAUCUCUGGGGAGAAACCAAGAAGAACCGGGCUAUGAUCCGGGAAAGCAGGAAGGUCGUCACUGACCCCAAGGAACUGAAAUUCUGUGUCCAAGACCUCAGUGACCAGCUUCUUGAAGUGGUGGGGCUAGAGGGAGCCAUGGAAAUGGGGCAGAUCUACACUGGCCUGAAGAGUGCAGGCAGGAGGCUAGCCCAGUGCUCCUCUGUCUCCAUCAGGACAAACAAGCUGCUGCCAAUGCAAGUGGAUGGAGAGCCCUGGAUGCAACCACCAUGCACGAUUAAAAUUACUCAUAAGAACCAAGCGCCUAUGAUGAUGGGGCCCCCUCAGAAGAGCAGCUUCUUUUCGCUGAGGAGGAAGAGCCGUUCGAAGGACUAG